ACUUUAUUAUAUAAUCUCUUAUAGUUAGUGAACUAGAGAAACCACACCCCCACUCAUAAAAUGCAACCUUUCACUUGUUCCAUGCUAUCCCUUCUAGCAAUCAUCAUCUUUCUUUCAAACAACUUAACCAUCAUCAUUGCCACUUCAAGAUUACCAUUACAAACCAAUUCCGACUCUAACGCCACCAACGCGGAUUUCAUCAAGGCGUCAUGUCAAGUCACAAAGUACGCCGACUUGUGUUUCCAAACACUUUCCCCUUACGCGGCCACCAUCAAUAUAAACCCUAUGGAAUUAGCCAAUGCUGCGUUGUCCGUGAGUUUAAAAAGUGCAAAAUCCACCUCGAAAAUCGUGCGUGAGCUGGCGAAAGGGCGGGACUUGAGUAUGAGAGACGGGCAGGCGGUGGCGGAUUGUUUGGAGAACAUGAGUGAUUCUAUGGACGAGAUGAAGAAAUCAAUGGUUGAGAUGAAAGAUUUAGACGGCCCGGAAUUUAAUGAGAAAAUGGGGAAUGUGAAGACAUGGGUAAGUGCUGCGUUGACGGAUGAAGACACAUGUAUGGAUGGAUUUGAAGACAAUGUUGGAAAGAUAAAGGAAACUAUUAGAGGGUAUAUAGUGAAUGUUGCAGAGUUAACAAGCAUUGCAUUGUCUCUCAUUACUAAUAUUUCUUCCACUUAAAUAUUGUAUAUGUAAUAUGUAUGCAUUGUGUGUUGAUUUACAAAAUAUUAUUAUUUAGGCUAGCUACUAGUGUGCCAAUGGGUAUGUUCAAUUCUUCAUGAUAACUAAUAAUAUUCUGCGUUAUCACUU